GGCUAUUGGUGCCAACCCCCUGUACUGUGACUGCCGUCUGCUCUGGCUGUCUGACUGGGUGAAGACGGGCUACAAGGAGCCAGGCAUCGCCCGAUGUGCCGGACCUACGGGCAUGGAGGGCAAGCUGCUGCUCACCACCCCUGCCAAGAAGUUUGAGUGCCACGGUGAGGUGGACAGCGGCGUCCUGGCCAAGUGUAACCCGUGUCUGUCCAGCCCGUGUGUCAACCAAGGGAUCUGUCACAGUGAUCUGGCAGAGAUCUACAGGUGUAGCUGUCCUCCUGAAUUCAAGGGUAGAAACUGUGAGACUUCUCUGAACGCGUGUGUCAGUAACCCCUGUGUCAACGGGGGCACCUGCCAACUCGAUGAGGAGGAGGCAGCAGCAUACAGCUGUGCCUGUCCCCUUGGCUUUGACGGUCCUACCUGCCUGACCAACAUAGAUGACUGUGAAGAUAAUGACUGUGGAAACGGAGCUGCCUGUAUAGAUGGAGUCAACCACUAUACCUGCCUCUGUCCACUGUACUACACAGGGGAGGUGUGUGAGGAGAUGGAGGAUGUGUGUGCUCCAGGUGUCAGUCCGUGUCAACACCAAUCUACCUGUCUCAUCACCUCUACUGGGCCCCAGUGUGUGUGUUCUCCGGGCUACGUCGGUGAUGACUGCAGUGUGGACUACGAUGACUGUGAGGGGAAUCGCUGUCUGAACAGAGCUCAGUGUGUCGACCAACUCAAUGGAUACUCCUGCUCCUGCCCCGAUGGCUACAGUGGUCAGUUGUGUGAGGUGCCCCCCUCCCCGCGCUCUCUGUGUGACCUGGCAGACUGCCAGAACGGUGCCCCGUGUGUGGAGCGAGCAGGCCGGGCACUGUGCCAGUGUCUCCCUGGGUUCGGAGGGCCUCGCUGUGAGAAGCUGGUCAGCGUUAACUUUGUAGACAGAGACUCCUACCUGCUGCUCUCUGACCUCAAGAACUGGCCCCAGGCUAACAUCACACUGCAGGUGUCGACAGCGGAGGAGAACGGUAUCCUGCUGUAUAAUGGAGACAAUGAUCACAUCGCUGUAGAGAUGCAUCAAGGUCACGUUAAGGUCAGCUACGACCCUGGCAGCCAGCCUGGACAUGCUAUUUACAGUACUGAGACAAUCAACGACGGUCAGUUCCACACGGUGGAGCUGGUGACCUUUGACCAGAUGGUGAACCUGUCCAUCGACGGGGGUCUCCCCACCACCAUGGAUAGCCUGAGGGGGGUCCGGCCCCUCAAUGGGGAGGCUCCGCUAUACGUGGGGGGUAUGCCUGUGGACGUCCACUCGGCAGCCUUCCGUCUGUGGCAGAUCCAGAAUGGCUCCAGUUUCCACGGCUGCAUCCAGAACCUGUAUAUCAACAACGAGCUGCAGGACUUCACUAAGACCCAGAUGAAGCCGGGUGUGGUGCCAGGCUGUGAGCCCUGUAGGAAGAUCUACUGCCUGCAUGGUAUCUGCCAGCCGGACGGGGCACAGGGAGCAGUCUGCCACUGCCAGCCAGGCUGGAGCGGACCACACUGUGACCAGCCUGCCGCCAACCCAUGCCAGGGCAGCAAGUGUGUGCAUGGGAAGUGUAUUCCCCUUGACCUGCAGUCGUACCGCUGUGAGUGUGUGGAGGGUUACCGUGGUGCCCUGUGUAACCAGCAGGGGGAGCUGUUUGACCCCUGCCGCAGCCACAACUGUAAACAUGGACGCUGCCAGAUGUCUGAUUCAGGAGACGCCUACUGUCACUGUGAGGCCGGAUACAUCGGAGAGCUCUGUGACGCAGAGUCAGAGUGUCGAGGGGAGCCUGUGAGGGACUUCUACCAGGUGCAGCGUGGAUACACCAUCUGCCAGACCACACGCAUGGUCUCCUGGGUAGAGUGCUCCGGCGCUUGCGACACGGGUGCCUGCUGCACAAGCCAGCGAAUGAAACGUCGGAAAUACACCUUUGAGUGCAGCGACGGAAGAUCAUUCAGCGAGGAAGUGGAGAGGACCAUCAAGUGUGGCUGCGUGGGCUGUAUGUAG